AUGGAAUUGGAGCCAAAACCUCGCUUUCUAAGCUUUCAAGACCCUAUCCAAUCAUCCUCGGAGGAUGAUAACGCCUCGCGUACCUCAGGGAGACGCAUGUCGGCGAUGUCAGAGGCGAGCACAACAUCGUCCUCCCGACGCAUUUCGGUUAUCCAACCUGGACGAAAAACUUCCAAGGCGACCUCGUAUGUUUCACCUUACCGCUCAUGGCGCGGACUGUCUGAUUCCCUCCGCGAUCAGGCGGGGAACGACUUUCAAGGAGACGUGAAGAAGCAAGAGGUUGAGAAUACAUACCGCAUGGAGCCGAAGAGGAAAUUUCCUCAGCGAGAAGUAAGGGAGAUCAUUAAAAACAGUUUGGAGGCGUUGUUAGGCGCGUUGACUUAUUCAGGCUCCGAGUUUGGAUUCCUCACAAAGCUGCUGAGUUCAAGGAUUAUGGAACAAGUAAAGAGUCUUAAUAUUGAACGAUAUAAGCUUGUCUGUGUUGUCAACGUGGGGUCGAAACAUAAUCAAGGUCUAAGGGUCGCAAGUCGAUGUUUGUGGAACCCGGAUUCAGACACGCAUGUCACAGCAAGUAUCGAAAAUGGCACGUUAUUCGCUGUGGCUACUGUAUACGGCGUUUACUUCGAGUAACUGAAAAAAAAUCAGUCAGGAGUAAGGGAUCACUCGCACGAUACCACUUAAGACUUCAAAUUGAAAGGAACAUCACGCUAAGUCCAAUAUAUCACGACAUCAGUCAGUAUAUUACCCUGAUUCCUGUCAACAUAUAUUAUCCUCCGAACGAUUUAAAUGGAGUGUAAUUCAUUGAUCGACCCUCUUAGCGCGAUGGCGUUCAUAAACACCGCCAUAAAAAAGCUGUUUUAUCAGAAGUAUUAUAAACGACGUACAUUCUGAGCAUAAUGAUCAGGUUGGAAACCAACAUAACAUUAUUUCAAAUACAGUGUUUAUUUUUGUUACUAUGCACGCUUGAUAUUAUAAUCUCCGCAAUAUGAAGAAUCAAUCAUGUUCUACUCACGAAAAAGAAGAAAAAACAAAUAAACAACACCAGAAGAAACUCUAAAGGCAGAAAAUUAUAUACGAAAUAUCAAGUUUCUCUUUACCAUUCGAAGAUGACUGUGAGGUAAAUAGGAAAAGCCGUUAUGUAAAUUUUUUUGCCACAGUUCGCUUCACUGACCCGUUUAAAUUAGACUUGAAAACCUCAAAUUAAAAUAAUGAUAUCAAAGAGAUUUUGCGUUAAUAAACUUAGAACUUACUUCUUCCCGUGAAGUAUUUGGUAGGACAAUCAUUACAGAGAAAAGAAAACUGAAUCUUCAUGUUUUAUACCUAGUACCAAAGCCCUUUUUUCUUUCCUGUUGAAAAUUAAAGCUCAUAAUUCACGAAUUCAAGAAACCAUGUUAAUUGAAAACAACUUAUGCAUGUUCAUACCCAGAACAAAUCAAAUGAACACUAUUUUGGCAUGAAUAUGUUGAAAUUAUUUAUCUGAUACAAGCUCGGCUCGGGCGAAAGAAGUGCCAAAACGGCGCGAGAAGUACCAAAUCGCUGAAUUAUUUUUAUAGAUAAAACUAGUCUCGUCGAUUUGGGAACUGUGGAUAAUAUAUAAACUAAUUAGUUUAACUAGGAAUUGCAGCGCGUGAGUUUAGGUACCCUGUGUCAUGUAAUCUUGGUGGUAAAUAAACCGAGCACUUCUCUAAACUCGCUUUCGAGCGAGUUAUUUAAAUGAGUUGAACUCUUUUCCGUUUAUGUAGUUGUCUUCUCUGUGGAUCGGGGAUAUAUGAGCAAAUAUUUGAUUUUCAGAACAAAGCUACUUUGAACGUCAAAAUCGAUCUUGUUAAUAAUCGCUUCCAAAUUGUCUUAGACAAAAAGUGGUGUAAUUUUUUUCCAUGUAAUUAUGUCAGUUGGACUGAAUGUGUCAUGAUCUCUAAUAGACAUAUAAUUUUUACAUAGCUCUAAAUGUCAUAAACUCGAUUUUUCAUUUUUUUGUUUACCACACAGAGAAACUUGGAAAAGCAUCUUUGUCAAAGAAAUUUUCGUUACGAAUAGACCCACACUCCAAAAUAAAAUGAUGAUAAAUGGUAAUUAAUAUUUAUGGAGCUUCUUUUUCGGCUUUCAUCAUUGCAGAACAGAGAAACGCUGGGAAAAAAACUGUUAGGAAUAAUCUUGCAUUUGUGUGAAAAAAACCGUAAAGGCUUGGCUUAAUACAAAAUGAUAUUUAUUGUAAAUUAUCCAGGUGCUAUAUCUCACAAUGUUCCCACAGUAAUAAACUGUGGAAUUUUUUUUGUUUUUGGUUUAACGCAAAUUUAAACAGACAUUUAACACUUCACAAACUACUUUGAUCCCUUUUGGAAGAGGAAAAGGUUUUUUUUAUUUCCAUUAAUCUUCCUUUGUUGGGGUUUUUACGGAUUAAAAAUGUAACAUGACAGAAAAUUAUGGACGAAAGUCACUUCCUUUUAGGAUUCUACCAGAUGCGAUCUGUGAUGUCGGUCAAAUUUUAAUUCAGUUCUUUUCCUUUUGGCACAAAGUAGCAAUACGUUUUCAUUUUUUUUAAUAGUUUUCAACUGUUGAAUCAACCAAUUUGAAUCGAAAAAAGAACGUAACUCAAAAGCGUCCGACAAGUUCUGAAUAAACAGAACUAACUUAGGAAGUGUAGUCCAUGCUAAUUGUAAAACGUAGUUUUAAAGAGAUCGAAAGAGACCUUACAAUGUUAAAAGACCAUAAUUUCCACAACCAACAGAUUAGAGAAUGAAAGAGACCAAAAAAAUUACGGAAAAAGAAACCAAAUAAAAAACCAAGUCUUGGUCUGACUAGUAUUUUUUGAACGACGAAGUCAUACGGGUUAACAAAACGCUCAACGAGGCCAAGGAAACAAAUACGCAGAAAAAAACACGGUAUAACUAUUUUAGUUUUGUUGACUUUCGUUAUUACAUGCUAGCAUCGAAUAUCUUGUUUCAAGUUCUUAAUUGAAUGGAGAUAUUUCAACAGUUAUAGAAAAACUCCAUUAACUGAGAGGCCAUCAGUGAAUUUCCUCAUCUAAGUGCGUUCAAAGCUUCUUAAUAGACCCCGCACGUAGGAGGAUCAAAUUUCAAAGAGAGCUUGUUUCCCGAAGGAUUUCCUGGGCUUUGUCUUGUUUGCCACCUCUGAACAGACAUAAAAACGGCGUUCACGAAACGUUUUUCAAUGAUUCGCCGUUUACUUAAAUUUGCCAGUUGGCACUCUUUGUGUCUGUUCAAGACCGCGACCACAGAGAGAGAGAAAUGAGUCGAUUUUUCUCACUUGUUCUGCAUCUAACCCUCUUUUUCUACCAGGUGAGUAGGGCGUUAAUGUAAUAAUCUCAGGGAACGGUAACGUAUUUACAACAAGGGAAAUAAAUUUCAUGAAAUUAAAGCAGUCUACCUCAAAGGGACCUCACAGGGAGGAAAAUUAAAGGAGCAUUUAGUCAACCAAGAAAAAUCGGUUUUCCCUUUAAAGUUGAUUCUCCUAUUAAGAGUUGUCCCAAAUUUAAGUUUAAUUAUACUUUACCUUCGAACAACCUCUUGACACCUAACACCGAAACUGCAAAUAAUGAUGCUUUCGUUGGAAGGCCGACAGCCAAAUUCCUCUUCUAAAUUGAAACGAUUUUUCUUGUUUCCAUAAACAUUCAAUAGCUGUAACUAUUUCAGAAUAUACUUUUCGCUUUGAAUUGGUGCUCGGGAAUGCAUUUUAAUCUCCGAAAAACUGCUAUAUAACUGAUGAUUUGAUAGCUAUAAUUUUUGCUGUUUUGCAGAGGAGAGCCGCCGCAAGACAAGACCUCCAUACUUUUCUAUCAAAUGAUGAAUUAAGAAGAUAUUUACAUGCAGAUUCCCAAGAAUCAGGUCAGGUGUCUCACAUAAUGCUUUCGUCUUUCCCAACCAGCGAAUUUUGACGUUAUUAAAGCAAUCAUUUUAACAUUAUUGUCUAUCCUUAGUUCCAGAAUACGAUAUCGUACGAAUCUAUAAACACAGAAGCAAGCGAAGUCCAUUUUCCACAAAGCAGGACUACAGACUGUCAGCAUUUGGAAACGAUUUUGCACUGACGUUGCACCCAAAUGAUGACGUCAUUCCUGACACCGGGCUGCCCAUAGAGAGGCGAAAAAAAGACGGUAUGGUUGUCAAAGAGAUCCACCGUCCACACGGAAGAUUUUAUGAGGGUCACGUGACUUCGGAUCCAAAUUCCCAUGUAGCUGUUCGGGAGAGUGAUGAUAAGGGUCGGCUGGUAAGUUAUGCUAAUCUGAAAAUACGUCACCGUCGUAAGAUAUUUCGGCGUCAUUUUUUUUUUGAGAUUUAAAGUACAGAGUUUUUAAUUUUAAGCAAAACAGAGUGAAGGAAAGAGACUGCAGGCUUAAAAUAGGUGUUGUUUAAAUGGCCGCAGAGCAAGGCUAUUUUUAUUCUCAAAGUAUCCAGUCUCAAAGGAAUAAUUAUAACUAACUCAGAGCGAGAGGUUUAGUGAGUGUUUUGCAGUAGAAAGAUGUCCUCCUAGGCAGAAUUUGCGUCUUUGGCUUGGCUAUUUACAGAUAUUAGUGGGAAUGAUGCUGUAAGUCUCUGAUGAGCUUAGCUCAUCUCUUGAAAGCGGUCCACAAAAAGUUAUUAAAAAUUGUAAAUCUUGUAGAGUGGUGCUUUAGUGAGUGGUGGCCAUUUGUACCAUUUGGAGCCUCUGUCAAGUCAUCUUCAUCGGCGAGCGGCAUUACAAGGAUCUGAGUACCAUGUCAUCUCCAAACGAAGCAUUCGAGAUAUGCUAAACCAAAACCCUAUGUCGACUCAUAAUAAAGGUAUUUUUAAUUUAUUUUAACAAACGCGACCCUGGAUAUAAACCAACUUAUAUCAUAACAUUACUCCACUUGGAAAACCAGCAUUUCCAUUGUUCACUUUUUCUUUCUUUCCGAUUUCUUGUGAUCACAAAGGCAUUGUGAAUUAGCAGGGGGGGUCACACCACAGUCCUGUUUUUAUUUACUCAAAGCGAGUCAGAACAGUUAAUGCCAAUCUUUUUAAGUAAAUUUUCCUCUCCAUACCAGGUGAUCGCCUUCCCCCCCCCUCCCCUCACCACCUCUGCCCUUGCGCAGUCGUCAGUUUUUUGCCAACAAUUUAGAGAUCAUUUUAAGAUUUCCAACGGUGCUUCAUUUUUCCCUAAUUACCAGGGAAGACGCAAGAACAAGAGGAGAUCCAAGUUGAUCAGACUGAGACUCCCAAGAGUAGAACUAAACGUGACAACAUUUACAAUGGCAAUAUAUAUAUCGAGGCCAUGCUUACCGCUGACAAAACAACCUGCGAUUUCUAUGGCAACGGCACACUUGACUACCUCCUGAACAUUGCUAAUCUAGUAAUAAUAAGAUGAACUUUCAGUUCUUAGUGAAACAUAGAUAAAUAAAGAGUUGUUUUUAUUUUUGCCAAAUUAAAUAUUUCGUGCAAGACAAUAUGGAUAUUCAAAUCAAUAUUAUUUAAAAUUUGCCCAUGUGCUAGUUAGUCAAUCUCAGCCUCGAAUCUACGAUCCUGUUGGCUUCCCAAAUUGAAUUUUUUUUUUUCUGAUUUCAAAUUAAACUGUCUCCGGAAAAAAGAUAGGUAAUGUAAUAAUCGAAGCCAUGUUUAUCGACGCAAGUCAUAGACACUAUUGGGACCAGAGCCCUCGAUCCGUUCCGCCGCCCAAACGAUCAGGUUAACUAGGUAAAUGCGAAGCUGUUUGACUUUCCAUUUUUCACAUUUUUUUUUUCAAACUUUUCUUGGUUCAAUUUUCAUAUAGGUCAAUCGGCUUUACAAAGAUAAGUCCAUUGGAAUGCCCGUGUCCUGGGUUCUCACGAAGGUUUUCCUCAUCGAAGGGUUCGACGUAAGUGGGAGUUAUCAAAACCUGCAAUUUAUACAUCAAUAAAAUUUAUAAUUUUUUUAAUUGGUUUUGUUUGUUUGUUUUUUUCCUGUCUUUACAAAUAGCCGGACUUGGACUUUGCAGCAAACAACAUACGCUCUGCAGGAUCGUACCAUGGGAAAUUCAAAAAUUGGGCCUUCAAUAGGAACCCUGCAAAUGGUAAACAAGAACAUUAUGAUAUUGCUGCCAUGCUUACAAGGUAAGUAUCAUCAUGAGCAUUUUCAAGUGGACAUUCAUAUAAAAUCUGUAUUGAAUCGUUUUUAUUUAAAUGCGCCAUGUAUUGGUCUAUAAAGCACGCGACACCCUCUCAACCAAUCCAAUGCAAAGUUGAAAAAAAAUGGCGACUUAAUCAGUUACGUUUUCGAGCGCUUUUUUUCUUUCAGUUCUUUGAAAUACUCUAUUUUCGGUUUCACUGCACCAAAAUGGGGUUGGCACACAAAAUAACUAAACAUGAUAACACAUGUAAGUUAGAGUAAACUUUAACCAUUCGUUCAUUUAUGACAAAAAAUUUUAUCUUUUGUUGGAAACAGGAACGUAUGCGGUCUGAACAGCUGCUCCAUCAAUGGUAAGGAUGAGCUUAUAACUCAGUUCACGUGCACUUAUUGGCAAAUUAAUUUACUUGUGUAUGUUUUUUUGGUUUUUUUUUUUGUUUUCAAUACAAAUAUCUGCUUGCUUCUUUGUUAAAUAAUAGAGACCUCACAGGCGCAUCAAAGAAAUUCCUGUCCUCCCCCCCACCACUAUGGUCUAGGUUCAACUACCAGACCAAAUUGAGCAUAAUUAUGGGAUUGCAUUUUUUUGUGGUCGAUGUCAUUGCUUCGACUCGUUGAAUAUUCUUCGGCCUCUGUGGUUUUCUCACCUACUUUCAAAUGCACAAAAGCGAAGUAACAGAGCGGCUAGGAAUCGUUGGACUAAGAAGCACUUCGAGAAUGAGACACUGCUGAUAGUUGCAUUUUGAUUUGAAAUUUUGUUGAUAUUUAACAUUGCUAUCUCCUAACAGGGGUUGCAAAUAUGGGACUUUGUGGCAAAUACCCCGGCGUGAGCAUAAACGUGGCUAUUGGACUCAGUGCAGCAUACACUGUGACGCACGAAGUGGCUCACAAGUAAUUCUUAUUUGUAAUACUGUUUCUGCCUUGUUAAUUGGUUCUCUCUCAUGAACAUGGAACUUAACCCGAAGACAUAAUUUGAACUAACACUGAAUCAUUAUUGUAGGUGUAUGUCUCAGUGCAAAGGUAUCACCAGUUCUCUUGAUCUGUUAUCCUUUUUUUUCGUAUUCAAAUUUUUAGCUAAAACUUAUCUCAAAUCAUCGAUAAUUAUUUUAAUUUGUCGCCAAAUGGUUCUGAAUUAGUAUGUGGCGCUCAUUACAAACAUAAUCUUACGAAUAGCCUUUUCCUGAAAUCUCAGGUUUUCCCGAAAAUAACCAAUUUCUUUUCACGAAAUAUGCUUCGGUGGAAUCUAUCUUUCUCCGCCAAAAAUGCAUGGUAUCAACAAUUUGUGUGACGAACAUUUCACAAUAUAUAUGCGGGCAACUCAGCGAAAAAAGUUUGAAUGACAAUUUAAAUGAAACUUGCAAGAAAAAAGCUGUGUCUUUAUCAAAUAUUCAGUAACCAAAAUUGAUUCUGUUUUUAUUUCCUGUAGCAUCGGUGUAGGGCAUGAUAACGGAAGCUGCCACGAGAUAGGAACUAACAUACAUAGGCAUCAAGCCUAUACGAGAAAAGAUCUGUCUUCACGGGAUAUUCAGUACCUUGGAUUGAUUCUGUUUUUAUCUCCCAUAGCAUUGGUGUAGGGCAUGAUAAUGGGGACUGCCACAGGAUGGGAGCUAUCAUGCACAGGCAACAGGCUCAUGGCCCGAACGCAUUCCAUUGGUCCCCUUGCAGCAUGAAGAAACUGAAAGAGAGGUUUACGUAAGUAUUUAUUGUUGUUCCUCCUUGUCUCUAGAUCUGCUUACGAAGUGCACAAUAUCUGAACUUUAAUGAGGAAGUCUAGGAAGAAUAUUUCCCACUUCCGACUUGUGUCUUCGUUGCUGAGUUGGUAGUAUCUGGGAAGCACGGAUUCGAAUCCCGUCGAAGCCUCAAUUUUACAUUACUUGAGUUUGUAUUGAAAACAGGAAAGCUCGAGGAAACCACCUCUUAAUUUACUUGUUAUCCAGAAAGAUUUAGAUUAGGAGUCUUGUGUUAAGUAAGUUUUAAUCUCGAUACUUAAAAUUUCAUCUUUACUCCCAGGUUAUACAAAUGCUUACACAACCAACCACCGGCACAGCUUCCUCUUCCCAGUCUUCCUCCUCUCUUUUCAGCUGAUGAACAGUGCCAAAUGGCCUAUGGGAAAGACUAUACUGCGUGCGGUCCAACACUUAGAGUAAGUACGCCAUAGAAAAAGCUUCUUAAGAGAAGCUAGAGAAUUGUAUAGUUUAGUUCCACAGUUAAGAUUGGUAGCGAUUGUAAAGCCGAUUCCAUGGUCGUUCGUCCUGUGUUAGUUUUCGCUAAGUGUGAGAUGAGGAGUAACUUUCUCGCCGAGUUUCUCUCAGUGAUGUCAUGAACGUCACGUAUCACAGAAGGUACCAGCUUUGACCCAUUCAAGAACACUGAGGAGUUAUCUAUUAGGCUAUGAGCUCUUGACUGGCCACUAUGGCAUAUUCAGCAUCUCUUCCGUGUACAUGCGUUGGAUAUGAGAUGAUAGAUGUAUUCACGAGUAGCGCUAGUAGAGUAAUUCUUUCAUCAGAUAAAUUUGAUAAAAUUUAAAACUGACUUGAGUAUUGCGAAAAUGCUUCGUCCAUUUUAUAUGGACUCAGAUAUCAUAGUCUGUAAAAUCUUAUCAAUUACAUGGGCUUUGCUUCAGGGGAUGAGUUUGUCCAUGAAUUAGACUAUGCACUCUCAGACAUUAAAGAAAAUUGAUAAAUGUUUUUCUUAGGAAAGCUGCGGAGCACUUUUCUGUGAAGGAAAAGGAGGAAGCUGCUUCACUAGAUCUUCACCAAUCGCAGAGGGAACGUUAUGUGGCAUCAGGAAGGUAAAACUGCUGAAUACGAUUUUAGAAAACUUUAAGAGUUCUCAAGAAAGAAUAAGCGGUUUUCUUAAGGUUUAUAAUCUUGUUCUUGGUCGAUCAUGCACUUCCGAAAUAUCUACAAGUCGAUCUGGAGAGAGUGCAGAAAAGAGCCCCUUAAGAGUUCUCAAGAAAGAAUAAGCGGUUUUCUUAAGGUUUAUAAUCUUGUUUUUCGUUAGAUCUGCCUAGCCGGACAUUGCAGACAUGAACCAAGAGUACCAGGGCCAAUUGACGGUGGGUGGGGCUCUUGGGGAUCGUAUGAAGCAUGUACACGAACUUGUGGGGGAGGGGUGAGAUACCGAAGUCGACAGUGCAACAACCCAGUGUAAGCAUCGUACUUAUCUUAACACCAAUGUUGUCCUAAAAUCCAGAAUUUUAAACUAAAUGAACACGUCUUUCUUCCUUUUUCCUUAAGACCUAAAUUCUAUGGAAAAGUGUGCGAGGGAUCCAGCAAAGGUCACUUUGAAAUGUGUAACACUCAGGUUCGUUGUUCAGUUAAGGAAAAUUAUUUAUGUAUUUAAUGGAGACAUAUUUCAUUGCCUUGACCGUUGGUUAAAGCUGAUGAUAAGGGAUAUCAACAAAAUACGACGUGUGAGAGUCGUCUCACCUCAAUCUCGAGUGUUUCAUUGAAAGAUUUUACAAUUCAGCCUACUUUAAACUGGUGUUUUUUGACAUGUUUACCAAAUGCAAGUUAGCUAAAUCAUUGGUUGACUUGAAGAGGAAAGAAUGAAUUUACAACUGCUUGUAUGUUUUCUCCCUCAGGAGUGCAAUGUUGAUCGUUUUCGUCAUCAGCAAUGUGAAGCACACAACACGGACAGUACGAAAUACCGUCCUCACUUUUUGGGAGGUAAUAACAUUAAAUUUGCUUGGGGAAACUUUACGUGGAGGAAAUACCACGCUUAUCUGUGGCUCCAAACUAAAGAAAAAAGACAUCUUGAAAAAAAAACAAAACAAAACAAAACAGAUGCGAAUACAACUGAUUGUGACUCCAUAUUUUGAGAUGACCUGAUUUAUUUUUGUAACCAUAAUGAAUAAAUACAUCUUUUAAAACACUUUGUGUUGAAUUUAUGUAGAAGUACAGCAUUGCGAGGAAUUGAUGAACUCGACAUUUCUCUUAUUCCUAAUCAGGCAGUAGCAAGUGUACUUUGGCUUGCGUGACCGGGGGUAAAGGAUAUUAUUUUGGCGACGUCACGGAUGGGACUCGUUGUGAGGGGAAUAAAAAUGUGUUUGAUGUCUGCAUUGAAGGAAAAUGUGUGGUGAGUACUUGACUGGCUGACUGACCAACUGACCAACUGUCUGACCGAUUGACUGACUGACUGACUGACUGACCGAUUGACCAACUAGCUGGCUGACAGACCAAUUGACCAACUGACUGACUGACUGACCGACUGACUGGCUGACUGACCAAUUGACCGACUGACUGACUGACAGAUUGCCCGACGGACUGACAGAUUGACUGACUGACUGACUGACCGAUUGACCGAAUGGCCAGCUCACUGAGUGAGGGAGUGACUGACUAACUGACUGAUUAACCUACCCAGUGACCACCUGACUAUGUACUUAAAUUUCCCUCUAAAUGAAGAAAUAGAUGAAUGAAUGAACGCAAAUAUUUAAAUUUCUUUACCCAAUUAUCUUGCCAGUCGGAUGAAAUGCUUCCUUGUCUGUUAUUUUUCAGCCGGUCGGUUGCGAUAAGAAACUAAGAUCUGGCAAAGUAUUCGAUCGAUGUUUGAAUUGUGGAGGAGAUGGUGGAUCGUGUGUUUUGGUUAGGGGGAUGUACACAAAGAACUAUCGAGUAUAUGGUAAUAAUUGGAGUCAGAUUUUUUGACUAGUUUAGAAUAGAUUUUCUUAUAACACUGGAUAUCAAAACUGGGACUUAGAUUUAAACAUAUUUAUACCUCCCUUCUAAUCUUCAUUCCGUUUCAUUGGGAAUAUUAAAUGAAGCAUUCGUGAUACUAUUUUGUCGUAUUUUGGAAUUUAAAAACUUCUAUUAUCACGGAAGAAACUCAAAAUCGUGCGUCACAAUUUUUGAUUACAUCAUGUCUUGAUAUUUUUUUCCCAACGGGUGGAGGAUCUUUAAUAGAACAAGAGGUAGAUUGAGGGGUUAUUGUGUUGGAUAAAGAAAAAGAAAUUAACAGGCUCACACUGAGAGGAAUGUAUAAUGUUAAAAUAAUGGCUACGACCCUAGCACAUAAUUAUACACAUAUGUGCGUUUGACAGACAGGCACUGCUUAACAUUCUCGUUUGUUUUUACUUCUUCCGUAUUUCUAUACUUUGCAGGGCGCAACAACGGAGACAUCAUGUUCACCAUUCCAAAAAGAGCGACAAAUGUCCAGAUUCAGGAGAUGAACAAAUCUUACAACUUCCUGAGUACGAAGAAAAAUAUCUCCCCCCUCCUCCAUCCCGGUAGAAGGGGAAUAAGUAAUGUUCGGUAAAGUUUUCGACGGAGUUGGGCCUAGGCCUGAGAUCUAAACACUGAAACUUUGAAUAACUUUCCGAACCCCAUUGAAAACCCCUGUCAAUUCAUCACUUAUAUUUUUUGGCUUUUCUUACAAUAAAUAACACGUAUUUAGAAGAUCUCUCUUACUUUACUUUGGUUUAAUUUUCACAAAGCUCAGUCUCUUUUGGAUCACGAACAUUCACAAUUUUUCCGUACGUUGUAUUUCCAGGUAUAAAGUCAACGAAAGCAGUCAAAGCAGUCGAUUACUACGUCCCAGUCCCAAGCUGGACGAAUACUUACGCGGCCGCAGGCACGUUCAUUUACCACUACAUGAAAAAGUACCGGUAUAUUGAUGCAGAGCGAAUUACUAUCAGAGGACCGACAAAUGAGGACCUAGAUGCGAUGGUAAUUAUUUGAUUGUAUCAUUUUUUCUAAAAAGAGCGUUUAAGUAUACCUCACGUAUUGUCUGCAGCGUUGAACUGUGGACUGAGAGAUCUGGGUUCGAGAGUUGGUUUGGCUUUUGAUUUAACUGAAGUAAGCGGGAAGAAAAAUCAAAAUAUUGCUUACUAUGCCAUGUCUUGUUUAAUGCAUUAUAUCUACGUGUUUUCAGUGUGGUUAAGGUGGCCACCGCUACAUAUCGACUAUGUAAUAACUAAGUAAACAAAAUUUUAACCUUGACAUAUAAUUUCACAUCUAAAAAUAUAUCCGCUUACCAACCUCCAACCGUGUUUUUUUUUUUACUCUCUCCACUGCAUGUACAAACAAUUUAACUUUCUUUUCUUGAUUUUGCUGCAGUACGUUCAUCCUGGAAGACAUGGCAAUCCGGGUAUAUCAUAUAGCUAUUAUAUCCCUGGAAAUGGAAAAAGCACAACCUUCAAAUGGAACCAAACGAUCAACGGUGAAUGCAGUACCACAUGUGCCGGAGGUAGACAUUUUAAAAGAUAUACAAGUAAUAAAAGGUUGCUAAACACGUCGGGGUCAAGAAGGCAGCGAAAAUUACUCAUAAAAGAGUGAAACGUGUGUCGGUUUAGAAUUUUAAAAUUUGGACACUCGGAGUACCAUUUUCGGAAAAAAGUGACAGAACUAAGUCCGUCUUUUGAAAAGAACCACUUCGUUUAUACGGCCUUAAGCGGACAAUUCCUGAAAUCAGCUGCGUGGAAACACGCCCGUCCUGUCGACGAGUGGAACUAAGUUUUCCUUCCAAACCGACAAAAGCUAGUUCCUCAACUUCAAAGUCGCUGAACUUCGGUGAUUAACGCCUCAUGUAAAAUAGAGGCGUGUGCAAAUAAGCAUAACGCAUGAAGUGUGUAAAACGCCAAUUCCAUUUGCUAUUAGGUGUUCAGCAUAUUAAAGUCACGUGCCACCGUGAGGAUGACGCAAGUGAGGUCUCUUCUAAUUAUUGUGACAAGAACACUAAACCAGCGGAGUCCAAGUUAUGUAACCUGGCCCCUUGUCCGAAGGAGUAAGUAUGACUCUUAAACCUGAAAAUACUAUGGUGCGCAGAGCUUGAGCGAGAAGCCAUCCUAAAUAAGAGAAGAUGCAUUUCGCCUUCUUGUGUUUUUGUGGUAACGAAGUGUUGUUCUCUUAUAUUCGUAGAACUUUGAAGAGUGUAGCGCCUAUCAAACUAAUUCUCGGGAUUAACUCAAAACAAUACAAUGAGUGGUACUAUGAUUAAACAGUUAGCGUUAACAUGGGUAAAUGUCUUUGACACACUUCAAGAUAAAUGUGAGCUUUGGUCGCCUCAAUCGUUUGAUAAAGGCUAUUCAAAGUAUAACGCAAAAUCUCCAAACUUUGGUUUUAGUUUUAAGUUUAGCCUUGUUUUUUUAUUAUAAUUGUUCUCUUACAAUUCACGCAGAUAUAAGUUGGGAGCCUGGAGUCAAUGUUCCGAAUUGUGUGGAGGUGGUCAGCAGCACAGAAAUCUGACAUGCGCACAAGUCAUGACACAGAAGUACACCAAAAUUCUACCAGAUUCUAGUUGCACCAAUUUGUCAAAACCAGAAAGUUACAAACCCUGCAACAAUAUAGAUUGUAUGCCUCAGUGGUUUACUGGAGAAUGGACACAGGUAAGAAACAACGCAUGCGCAUACCAGGCUUUAAAUAACAUCAGUGAAUACUCUUAUUGGUGAGGUUGUUCACUGUGCCUUCUUGAGAGGAAUAGGAUUCUGGUGCUCUUAAAGGCAAUUAUUUAAAAUCUAGAAUAAGUGCUCAGAAAAUAUGAUUUUUAGAGAAACUAUCGUAAUAUUUAACAAUUGUUUAAUGAGCUCAUAGUAUCGAGUAUGCUAUGGCCAAUCUCGCAUUUAACAAGUGCGAAUGAAAUAACUUUUUAUUGAUUUUAAUUAAAUCCUGCACGUUUGGAUAUUUGGAACCCUUUUUCAGCUCUGCAACAGUUGGCUAAAUGCAUUUCCGUAAAAGGUGACUUGGAGUGCGAGCUGAUAACCGGAGUUGAAUGAACCAAUCAGAACACUAGAAAUGCAAAAUUCGGAGUUGACAUUAAAUAUAGAUACUUAUUCGUUGGUAGCCGGAGUAAUUUGACUGUGAAACCCAGAAAACCGCGAACAUUUUUCUUUUAUUCUGAAAGGUCAGUUGUGCUCUAAGCUAAGUUGAAGAUAAGAUAUACAAAUUAAUUAUCACUUUGUAAUCCAGGAGUAGCUUUUGAAACACAAAACGUCUCAUAUUUAUCUUCGGUGUUCACGGUUUUCUGAGUUUUACAGAUACCCAUGAUCCAUUUCAUAGGGGUCCUACUGGCGUCAAAACCAUAUGUUUCACAACUUUCGAUUUCCACGCGAUAUAACAUUGUCGUCACUAUGUUUUCAGUGCUCGGUACCUUGUGGUGGUAAUGGCACUAAAACACGUCUGGUGGAAUGUAAGAGGAAGCUUGCUAAUGGCUCCUGGAUUUCCUUGCCAGAAGAUCAUUGUACUGAGAAGCCAUCUUCACAAACUUCCUGCAAUAAUGUGUCCUGUUACAAAUGGCAAGUUCAGUAUCCGUGUGCCAGCUGUGGAGGUAGGCAUCUUCGUUUCGUUUAAUGGGAGUGAAAAGGGGGGAAUAGGAAAAGAGGAGGAUAAGAGAGAGACUAAGGAAGAAGAGAAGGAGCUUACAGAGGUUGCAUGGAGAGGAGGAAGGGAGAGACUAAGGAGGUAGGGGUGGAGCUAACGAGGGUUGGAAGAAAACCCUAAAAGUCAGACAUUUCUCUGAUCAGCAUUGACACAUUUUAAGGCUGACACCAACCCAAACAAAGAUUGCUUUACCUAUCCCUAGGUUAAAGUUAAAUGCUCAAAUUCAGCUUCAGAUGUAAAUGAUACUCAACAACAACUUUUAUUUGUUUUAUUCUCGAACUUUCAGGUUCGGAUAUGAGUUACUUUCCGAUCGGUUGUUUCAUGGACAAACACAUCGGGGAGAGACCGUUAGAAAAAUUGGUUGCAAAUUUUCGUAACGGCAUUGACUGGUACCACAUGAGUAAAACGAUAAAGAAAUGUGCUGAGGAUGCUUGGAGUAAACAUUACGAUGUCUUCGGAGUCCAGUUCUACGGAGAAUGCUGGUCGGGCGACCAAGGCUAUAAAACCUACGAUAAGGAUGGUUUCAAUCUGCAAGGUUGUUGGGAAGGAGUGGGAAAGUCAAAUAAUAACUAUGUUUACGCCUUCACCAGUAAGUGAUUUUGUUAUGAUCAUCAUCAUUAUUAUUCUCGUCAUCGUCAUUAUCACCGCCACCAAUAUUUAUUCACAAAUCUACUAAUAUCAUCAAGUGUCUUGCUGUCGUUAUCUUCUCUUUGUACUCAGCUCAUCAGAUAUCAGACCCCUCUCUAAUAUUAUAAUUAUAAUUUGAAACAAGUGGAUUUAAACUAGGGGCAUUUAAUGGCCAUCCUAUUUGUUUGUCUUUGCUUUCAUAGUUCUGUAUUUAUCGACUGAGUCAAUAAUUUAAAUCGACCGAUGUAAAGAGUUUCAAAAGCUCUCGUUUCGAACGUUCACCCUUCGUCGUGUUCGCUCUGAAAAAAAGGCUGACGCCUGACACGUCAGAAACUCUUUAGUUACUCUUUACGGUGGCCAAGUUACACUAUCAACUCAGUUCAUAAUACCCCCACCGACGAAGCACCACAUUUUCUUUAGAAACUUGAUCCCCUUCUCGCAUAGUUCUGCCUCUCUCUUGGUAUCACUGUUGGUGUUUACAUGUGCCACUUUGAGGAUUUUGCUCAUAUGAACUGAAUAUUGAAAAUAAUAUUUAUUUGAAAAUAUUCUCUCCCAGGCAUGGUUUCCCAGCCUCGUGUUGACUGCAUCUACGUAGCAAAUGGACAGAUUGUCCCGGAUGAAAAAUGCAGUGCCGCAAAGCCCUUAGCUAAAAUGAAACGUUGCUCCGAUGUGUGCAGGAAUUAGGAGAAAAAAGGAAAUAACAGUUUACCUAAAGGAGUAAGGUAUAAUAAAUCACAAUACUGUUUGGUAAAUUUACUUGAGGUAUAAAGAAAGAAAGAAAAACUUGGAAAAGAAUGACCACAAGAGAAUAAAUUCUAUUCUAAUAAUGCGAUUAACUUAAAAACUUUUCUUGCAGGUCGUUAACGAUGAUCGAAGAAUCCUAGAGGCAGCAAAAACAAAUUUGAUCUAGUUUCUUUAUGAUUGUUUCUUUAAU